AUGGGGAAAGAGUCCUGUGCUGCGCCCCGCCUGACUGGCCCCUGCCGCGCUGCCUUCCCGCGCUGGUACUACGACCCGGCCGCCCGGGCCUGCAGGCAGUUCAUCUACGGGGGCUGCAAGGGGAACAAGAACAACUACCUGCGGGAGGAGCAGUGUCUGCGCCAGUGCAGCGGGGCCGCAGGGGGUGCUGAGGGGCCCGAGCCGGGCGUUCACUCCAGCAGAGUGGUGGCCCUGGCCGUGCUGCUGGCCAUCCUCGUCGCCGUCCUGCUGGGCUCCGUGGUCGUCUUCUUCGUCUGGCUGUGCAGGAGGAACCAGGAGCUGUCUCUGAGUGUGCCCUGGAGCCCCCUGGACGACAAGGAGUACCUGAUGAGCAACGCCUACACGCUGUGAGGCCGGGCAGCCGGCCCGGGGGCUGCCCCUGCUCCGCUGGGCUCCGGCCGGGACCCGGGCCUCGGCCGUGUGUACCUAGCAGAGAGUGACUGGAGCUGGGGGUGUGGGAAUGUCCCUGGGUUAUAAACUCCCCGCGCCAGCAACUGCUGCGUGUUUGUGCCCUGGCCACGCGGGCGGGGCCUUCGCUGCACCCAGGCCUCUUUCUCGGGGGCUUGCUUCCAUUUUUUUAAACUUUUUUUUACCAGAAUAAUUAGUGUGAAACCUGCUAGUGGCAGAUGCCUGGGGUCUCGGACGCCUGCCCACCCGUCCGCAGCCAGCAGGGCCUCGCUGGGGCCUUGGGGCAUCUGGUGCCGUUUCUCUGCUUAACAAGCCUUUAUAAUCGGGGGGGUGGGGGGGGUUGGUUGGGAGAGAUUUAAAUAGCCAGCUCCACGCGUGCCAGCUGUAUGCUGCCCGUGCCUGCCUGCGGGGCCCCGUUCCCUAGAGCGCGGAGCGGCUGCUGGGGGUCCCGCCCUGUGGGGCUGCUCAGGGAGUCGGUAGCAGGAUGUCCCCAGCAUGGGCGGCGUCUGGAGCCGGCAGUGCAGGGAUAAAUGCACAGCGGGGGGGGGGAAGCUGCGUGCCCCCCAGGCAGGGGGUCUGGAAUUCUCUGAGCAGCCUGCCCAGCCCCCAACUGCCGCCCUCUGAGCAGCUGAUUUGCCUGGGGGACCCCAUCUCCCCGAGGCACCUAUAGGGUAGCUCCUGUCCAGCAUGGCAUGGACAUGGUGCCAUGCCAGCUGUAACUUCCUGGCACCAUGGGAUUGGGGCGGCAGCACUGUGGCUGUGGGUGGGGUGGGUGACCCAAACCCUGGCCCUGUAACCUGGCGUAACGCCCUAGGACAGGGAGCUCCUGGGCUGGAGGGGUCCGGCACUGCCUGGGCCCUUGCUUCCUUGGGGGUAUAUUUCCCCCUUCCUACCAAGUGUCUGAGCCGGGUCCUCCCACGGGCCCAGCCCAGCAGCUGUGGCUGUAGCACUGAGAGACAGGCAGCCGCUUGCUUGAGACCAGCUCCCUGCCCCGCGGGCUCCCAGGGAUGCUGAGGGGGGCCAGCCGGAGUUCCCACCCGCCUGGUUCUCCCACACCGCUGGGAGUGUGUGGGGCACAGGCCCUGUUAACUCUGCAGCCAUGGGCUGGGUGUGGGGCUGUCACCCGCCCUCAGGGCAGCCGGAAUAGGGGCGAGGACAAGUCCAUGCGGGGGAUUCCAGCAACGCUGCCCCGUCCCUGCAGAGCGGUGCUCCUGGUCCGUGGUCGAGCAGGGCAGUUCUGGCCUGCAGGCCGCUCCAGUGGCCGGUACUAACCGGAGCUGUGUGCAGCCCACACUCCAAUGCCUUGCCAUGGCAUAAACCUCAUUGAAACACGCCAGGAACCCGUCUGGCUGGGUCUCCCCAGAGUUGGGACUGGGGGGCGCUCACUCCCCCCUUCCAGCUCUGCCUCCGCUCGGUGUCUGACGCCAGCCAGCACCUGGGCCCGUAGCAGCCGCCUGGCGCCUGGCUCUGGGCAGGGCCUGGUCUAGUGUCUGAGCCCCAGGUCGUGGGUGUGGGUGUCGCUGGCAGGCUCGUUUUAUAGUGUGGGACGUGGAGCUCGCCCGAGUGCGAGGGGCAGAGUCCGGGCACUCGGCCAGGCUAGCUGUUAAAUUUGUUUUUUACACUGAGAUUUCUUUGAAUAAAGGAACAAAGGAAA